GAAAUGCGAACUUUCGAAAAGGACGGCAGUACUCUAGAGCAUCGUUUGCUUCCUCUUAAUCCUCUGCUCUCGUUUCCUACACGCCAACCAAAAUGAGCUUGCGGUGUUUGUCCGGAGUAGGAGAAACAUCCGCGCACCUUCUCUAAAGUGGUUUUGUGGCAUAGGGUGAAAUCUGAUUAACAAUGGGGAGCUUGUUGCAACUAUUCAAUGAAUGGGAGAUCCAGCUGCUUGUGCUUCUCAGCUUCGUGCUACAAAUAUUUCUGUUCUUUACCGGUAACCUUCGUCAACGUGGUGCCAAGUUUCUUAGUGGCACCAUUUGGGUAGCUUAUUUGGUGGCAGAUUUGGUAGCGGUUUACGCCCUUGGUCUGCUCUCAAAACAAGAAGAGAAAACGGUGACUGAAAACCAGCACCCACUAGCUUUCUUUUGGGCGCCCUUCCUACUCAUUCAUCUUGGCGGACAGGACACCAUCACUGCUUUUUCCUUGGAGGACAACAGCUUGUGGUUGAGGCAUCUUUUGAAUCUGAUAGUCCAAGUGGUCCUAGCCUUGUAUGUCUUCUGGAAGUCCACUGCUUGGCGCAAUGUGCAGCUUCUUGUUCCGGGCAUCUUCAUGUUUGUUGCUGGAAUCAUCAAGUACGGGGAGAGGACGAUGGCUCUCAUGUACGGGAACCUACAAAACAUCAGUACUGGAUACAACAGUGAAGAAAGUAACAAGUUCACCCAUCAAGAACUUCAUCAGGAUGAUAGCUACUCAAGCAUUGUUUGCUUUUCAUUGGAUUCAGCGCCAAUUGUUCGACAUUUAUUUGCUGGAUUUACACUCUUCCAGAUACCAGAAGGCUUUCAUGCAUUAACUUGGACAAAAUAUCCUCGGUCAGAUGAAGUCCAGGUGGCCAAGCUGGCCAAGUUGGUUGAUGUUGAACUUGGUAUCAUGUAUUGUGAUAUCUAUACCAAGGCCGCAGUGCUUCGGACAAGGCGCGGCAUUAUGCUUCGGUGCACAUCUCAAGUAUCAGCAAUGGUUGCCCUUGUGCUCUUCACGAGUUGGUGA